AUGAGCCGCGGCGCCGCUAAUCUGCUUCAGCUCUCUGCUUCCGCUACUGCUGCUGCUACCACUUCAACGACUCCUGCCACUAUCACAAGCACAGUCCCUGCUUUUACUUCCAUACCUACAACUACUACAGCGCCAGCGGGAACCAGCAACCCCCACCACCCCACCCCCGACAUAGGCCCUGCCGGCACCAACAAUGACGGCUGGUCUGCACGGGUACUAGACGAACUGAAAGACCUGCUCCUUCUCCUCAGUCACGAUGGGCAGGUUCUAUACGCGUCACCAUCAUGCUCCGAGGUGACGGGGAUUGAAUCGCACAUGCUAGAACAAAGCGAUUUUUCCCGUUUCGUCCAUGAAGACGACAAGCCUAUCCUAGGCCACGAAUUGGAUGAGUGCAUCAAAACUGGACGCGAAAUCCGAUGUCACUUCCGGCUGUGUAGGCCUGACAGUAGCUCCUGUCUAUUAGAGGCGCAUGGCCAUCCACACCUAAUGACGACCGGGUCUCCUUCUGCGACCGCAGAAUCAUCCCAGCAGCAGCAACAACAGAAGACAGUCUGUAAAGGGAUAUUUCUUGUCUGUCGACCAUACCCCACACGGGGUUCACAGUUACUCGAUUCGUUUCUGGAACAUAAGAUUGAGAACAUCCGGCUGAACCAGCGCAUAGCCCAAUUAAAGGAAGAGGAAGAAGAGGAGUUGAAUUUAAGACCAGGGCAGACGUCAACAACAACGACGACCAGCACCACUACCACGACAACAACGCGCCAGACGUAUGUAUCAACGACACAGACCUCGUUUGCGCAACGAGAUACAUCAGUGUCUGGAGAGGAGAACGAAUCAUCCGACACAGUCACUAAUACGGACGACGCCGAUUCGCGAUCAUUUCUGGAGCAGGUUGGGGAUCGGUUGCCGCAGACUGAAGACAUGUCCCAUAUCGACGGGAUCGAGGUUAUGACGGGUUUGUACUACGGAGAAGGAGAAAGAUCACAGGGAUUGAGUACGGGAGUCCGUCAUGGCCGUCUGAUUCGUUGUGAUACGGAGCAGCCGAAUACCCAACCGCAAUCACAACCCAAGAAUCCUGCAGAGGCCGUUGACAGGAAGAAAAGAAUGAAAGGCGAGUAUAUGUGCACGGAUUGCGGGACGUCGGAUUCACCCGAGUGGAGGAAAGGCCCGGAAGGACCGAAGACUCUGUGUAACGCUUGUGGAUUACGUUGGGCCAAGAAAGAGAAAAAGCGCCAGGAUUCAGGACCGUAGUAGUUGGUGGGAGGGGAAACGCAAAGAAAAGGAAAAGGAAUAAGGUGGGGCUUGCAUUUGUAUGAAUUGUCAUUUACUUUCUACUGCUUUGCUGCUGUUGCAUUUGCCAGAAGGGGCCAAUUUACCCCUGCGAGGAUACCCCUGCUUAUGUACUCCUUUGUGCAUUGUGCUUUUUCUUGUUCUCCUCGGUAGCACAUUUUUCUUAGCGGCUGCGCUGUCACAGCAUUUGCACUUCUUCUUGACCUACUACCUACCAUUUUAUUAUGCUCUUCUCUUCUGAAGUGAGCAGAUAUCAUGACUUUAUGCCCGACUCGCUCGAACUAUAUUCAGCUCAGAUUGCAACAUAAGUUACAACUAUAAUGAACUCCGCGUGAUACACGUGCGCAGGAUAGUAUAGUUUCGAGUCUUGAAAAUGUAGAUGUAGGGA